AACGACUCUGAAACACUGUACGUGUUCUCUUGUAAUCGAAUGUGACAACAUAGACUAGAGGCUUUUGCGGCGGUCAGAGGUUCUGUUCGUCCUAUUCCAAACAUGGGGAAGAUAGAAUGGGCAAUGUGGGCCAAUGAACAAGCUUUAGCAGCAGGAUUGAUUCUUCUUACCGGUGGCAUUGUCGGGACGGCCGGUCAGUUCAGGGACUGGCAGUUCGCAGCUUAUGGAAUAGCUGCUGGAGUGUUUGUCUGUCUGCUUGAGUACCCAAGAGGCAAGAGGAACAAAGGCACUAGUGUGGAGAGGACGGGCCAACAUUGCUUCACUAUCUGUGUGAAAUCCUUUGGGCCUUUGACCAGGAACUACUAUGUUCGAGCGUUUCUACAUGCAGCCAUCUGUGUUCCUGGAGGAUUCAUGUUAGCCACUGUCCUAGGCUGUGUGUGCCUUGGCAUUGCAAGCCUCAUCUACUUGGGAGCUGCUAUUCGAGGGGAGCAGUGGGAGCCAAUCAUGCCUCGGCAGCAGCAGAGCAGGAAGCCCGUUGGAGAGAGCAUCAAGCAGCCUCCGCAGAACCCACCUCCACGCCCACCUCAAGAUAUGCGCCGGAAGAGAGCGGAGGACAUAGAGGGAGCAGCCUAUGCCAACCCCAUCCCUGUUACCGAGUAGCUCAUGUCCCCUGAGCUACAGCCUUUCUAUAUACAACCAUGGUAUACUAUAGACCCUGAUCACUCAUCUUCUUAGUGCUGCUACCAUAUGUCUCCAACCUGCUUUACUUUUACUAGUUUAGUUUAGUCAGAUCUCUGUUGUAAAAAGGACAGAUUUGACCAGCAUCUGGUCAGUGUUAUCCCUGAAGCUGUAAACCUUUGUACCUGCACCACAGUGGGCAUGUUAAAAAAAAUUGUACCAAGGUACUUGUGCAGUAUAUACCUCUAAAUGGUGUACUGCACUAUUUAUCACUGUGUUCAAAAGCCCUGAUGAAUCUAAAACUCCUGGACAGACUUGAGAGUUUAUAUUGUAGAUUUGUUUUGGCCUGUGAGUACCACCUACUGUGUCUAUGUAACUUUCAAUGCUUUUAAAUUAAAAAUAAAAUAUUUAAAUACAUUCUUCAUC